AUGUCAUCGCCCGCGCGACAGACCUCAGACUCCCGCCCCAGUACACCGCGGAAACGGUCGGAGAGUGCUACAACAGCGCCGCGGCCAGGAUCGAUGCAGUCAUUCCAUAGUGGACCAGAAGGGAGAGACCGUUCACAGUCGGUCACUCAUCAUGAUCUUCCGCAGGUCCCCAGUGCUGGAUUUGAUAGUAUCGACCGAGUAUUUCCCAUACGAUCAGUUGUCUCCGUGGAUCCCCAUGCGGCCUCACAUGCUACCCAUGCGCGGUCGACCAUCUCACCUACCCGUGAAACUGCUGGCGCUCGUCAAUAUCCGAUCAUCGAUACGCAUACUUGGAAUGAAUUACAAUCGAGAUCCCAGUCUCCGCCCUUGCAAGUUCCCUCCAAUUCGCCCUCGUCCCACCCUCGAUCCAAUUACGAGCCAAUCAUCCCGGGAGAUACAAUUCGACAUGAGACACACGCUACAGAUGAUAAAACAGAAUUGGCUAGCCACUCGAUGGCAUCACAUGUCGCUCAACAUCCUGAACUAUAUGCGAAGCCUAAAAGUCCCAGUCAGACAGGAAGUUCGACAACGCCACAGCCGAUAUCUCAGCAGCUAAUGCCUUCCAACGAGCCCUAUAAUCAUAUGACAAGUAGAUUCACCCAUGUCGUGACAGACAGUGGCCACGCAGUAAUCACCGGAAGAGAUGGAGAAUCAUUUCAAUACUGCGAGGAUGAGCCUAUCCGCAUCCCUGGUGCCAUCCAGUGCUUUGGCGUCAUGAUAGCGAUGAGGGAGGAAGCGCCGAACAAUUUUGUCGUUCGAAUAGUGAGCGAGAACUCCGAGAAACUACUGGGGUAUACGCCAAAACAGCUUUUUGAAGUGGGCAACUUCUGCGAUAUUUUGAGUGAGGAUCAAGGCGAUACAUUACUUGAUCAUGUCGAUUUUGUCCGUGACGAUGCAUAUGACCCCAGCGUGGAUGGGCCUGAGGUUUUUAUCUUGACCAUAAAGACUCCAUCGGGAGAAUCCCGUCGAUUUUGGUGUGCCGCGCAUGUCAGCCCGUCUCAAAAGGAUCUGAUCAUCUGCGAAUUUGAGUUGGAGGAUGACGAGGUCAACCCUCUGAAUGUUGAUGGACAAGUGACUCCUGCCAUUCCAGCCGAGACGCUUGGAAUAUUUCCAUCGGCCGAACAGUUCGCUGCGAGCACCAUUAACAUCAGCCAGCCGCUACGUGUCCUGCGAAAUGCACGACGGAGAAGAGGCGAGGCCGCCGCGAUGGAUGUCUUUAGCAUUUUGACACAAAUUCAAGAGCAAUUAGGCAGGGCCAAUGAUCUAGACCAGCUCCUCAACACUACCGCUGGUCUAGUCAAGGAACUUACUGGUUUCCAUCGAGUGUUGAUUUAUCAAUUCGACAGUAGCUGGAAUGGACUGGUAGUUGCAGAGUUAGUCGACCCAAAAACUGCAAUUGAUCUCUACAAAGGUCUUCACUUCCCAGCAUCGGAUAUCCCCGCACAGGCCCGGGAGCUUUAUAAGAUCAACAAAGUCCGUCUGCUGUACGAUCGAGACCAUACCACGUCUCGCCUCGUGUGUCGAACAUUAGAAGACCUCGAAACUCCGUUGGAUAUGACACAUGCCUAUUUGCGUGCGAUGUCCCCUAUCCAUGUCAAGUACCUUGCUCACAUGAAAGUUCGGUCCUCCAUGUCGAUCAGUGUCAAUGCUUUCAACGAUCUUUGGGGGCUGAUCUCGUGUCAUUCUUAUGGAUCUGCCGGAAUGCGUGUCUCCUUUCCCAUCCGUAAGAUGUGCCGUUUACUCGGUGACACUGUAUCACGAAAUAUUGAGCGCUUGUCCUAUGCAUCGCGACUGCAAGCCCGAAAGUUAAUCAACACAGUCCCUACCGAAGCCAAUCCUUCCGGUUACAUUAUCGCCUCCUCGGACGAUUUGCUCCAGCUCUUUGAUGCAGAUUAUGGUGCUCUUUCGAUUCGCGAUGAAACGAAAAUCCUAGGUGGCAAUGCCCAUUCACAGGAGGUUCUGGCUUUACUCGAAUUCCUUCGCAUGCGCCAACUUAAUUCGGUGCUAGCAUCGCAUGACAUCAUCAAGGAUUUCCCUGAUCUGCAUUAUUCUCCUGGACUGAAGGCAAUCUCUGGUCUGCUAUAUGUCCCCUUGUCAACUGGCGGUAGCGACUUUAUCGUCUUCUUCCGCAAGGGCCAGCUUACCCAAAUCAAAUGGGCGGGUAACCCCUACGAGAUUGCGAAACGGAAAGAGACUGCAGGUUACUUGGAACCUCGCCAUAGCUUUGCAGCAUGGCAAGAGACCGUUCUCAGCCAGUCCCGAGAGUGGUCCGAGUCAGACGUUGAAACCGCUGCGGUGUUGUGUCUUGUCUACGGUAAAUUCAUCAGGGUUUGGCGGCAGAAGGAAGCUGCCAUGCAAAACUCUCAACUUACUCGAUUACUUCUUGCCAAUUCUGCCCACGAGGUGCGCACCCCGUUGAAUGCGAUAAUCAAUUACUUGGAGAUUGCAUUAGAGGGCGCUCUUGACGCCGAAACCCGUGAAAGCUUGACCAAGUCUCACUCUGCCUCUAAGUCUCUCAUUUAUGUCAUUAAUGAUCUUCUGGACCUUACUAACACUGAAACGGGCCAAGAGCUCAUCAAGGAUGAGACCUUCGAGCUGAACACCACUUUGCAAGAAGCAUUUGAUAUGCUGGCCGGAGAGGCUAAGCGUAAGAAUAUUGCCUAUUCUAUGUCUACACAGCCAGGCAUCCCUUCCAAAGUUCUGGGUGAUCAGCGGCGUGUGCGCCAGGUCUUCUCCAAUGUUAUUUCAAAUGCUAUCCAGCAGACCCAGUCAGGAGCUGUCACAGUUGAACUAUGGCGGUCCGCUAAUCAGACUAUGAGUGACUAUGUUGCCGUGGAAAUGAUGGUGGUGGAUACUGGUGUGGGAAUGUCGAAAGACAAACUGGAAAAGCUAUUCUCUGAGUUAGAGCAAGUCUCAACAGAUGAGAAUUCUUACCCUGAAGAUGAAAAGUACAUGACAGAGGAAAAGCCUCAGCAACGUGUCCUUGGUCUGGGGCUUGCUCUUGUGGCGAGGAUUGUUUACAGCAUGAGAGGACAACUCGGCGUCAAAUCUGAAGAGGGUCGUGGAAGUCGCUUCAAGAUUCUCCUGCAAUUUCGUCUACCCGAAGGAUCUGAAGCAGGCACAACCGAAGGUGUUCUUUCGCCCCAUUCCACUGAUGUUCCCCCUACACCGAUGAUCUCGAAUGAGGAGUUUACUUUGACCCGUGGAUCGACGGAGCGACGUGAAACGCGACGACGAAGCUCGGAGAGUUUGAGAUCUGGGGGUAGUUCUCGCAGCGGGCGCAGCCAAGCGGAUCGACUCAUCAGUGCGAUGCAAGAGCCUGCUCUUGUGCAAAAAGCUCCUAGCGAGGGUUCGGAUAUGAACCGACUCAGGUACUCCACUAGCCCUCAAAGUCUGAGUCGCAUGUCGGCAUCAGUGGGUUCGCCCCCAGGUCCAGCGCACGUUAGAUGGUCAUCGAGUGUCCAAGACCCUCUUUCUACUCUGUCUACCGUCACGCACACUCCUCCCCUAGGCCUUCAACCAAUGUCAACUCCGCCUGCGCCAGGCACGGAGAAUAUCACGGAUUCGGGUGUACCCAUGGGUCCCCUUCGAAUCUCCGAGCGAGCGAGGAAGAAGCCAUCUAUGCAGUCGGAAACAUCCUACUUCCCUCCUGUCUCCGAUUAUCCAGGGCGCGUCGAAACGGUAGAGACUAUUUCCACAGAGAUCGCACCAUCUACCACACCAACUUCGUUACCUCCAACUAGCCCGCAGCUAAUGCAUGUGCUAGUAGCAGAGGAUGAUCCGGUCAACAGCAAGAUCAUACACAAACGGUUGACUAGAUUGGGACACACAGUAGAGCUCACCAGCAAUGGCGAGGAUUGCGCAACCACAUUUCGAACUCACAGCCAAGCGUUUGAUGUCGUUCUGAUGGAUAUCCAAAUGCCCAUUGCGGAUGGCUAUACUGCAACCCAGAUGAUUCGUGAAUUCGAAUCCAAAGCAGGGACGGAUUCACUCUCCCAGAAAGCCAAGCCUAAUUCUCGCGUUCCGAUUUUCGCCGUUUCAGCCUCGCUCUUGGAGUCAGAGCGGCAGAAGUAUAUUGACACCGGUUUCGAUGGUUGGGUUAUGAAGCCUAUCAUCUUUACCAGGUUGAAUGAACUGCUCAGCGGUAUUGUUGAUGUGGAUGCCAGAAAGAAAGCUACAUACAACCCCGGUGAAUGGGAGAAUGGUGGAUGGUUUUAA